CACCCCCGCAGCUCCCCCCACGCGCGCCCCGCCCCUCCCGCACACCCCCGGAGCGGCCCAAUCGCACGGCCGGGAGGGCGGGACCGCGGCCGGAACGCGCCUCUGAGAGGGCACCGGCCGGGCGGGCGCAACGCGCAGGGGGACGGCGGGGGCCGCGCCUCUGCUCCCCCGUCGCCCUCGGGGGCGGGGCCGGGCCUCGGAGCCCCGCCCACUCUCCGCCCGGGGUGGGCGGGGCGGCGGGGGCUCCCGGAGCUGGGCCGGGGGCGGGCCUCCGCCUGCCUCGCCAGAGCCCUGAGAGCGCCCGGCUCCGCGGCCGCCGACGCAGCAGCCGCCUCCACUCGUCAGCCCCGAGGCGCGCGGGCUCCCGGGCAGCCCCGGCGGGCGCGGCGAGAGGGCGCGCAAGGCGGCGGGGCGAGCCGCACGCGCCCCCGGCCGCCCCCCGCCCGCGCGCGGACCGGCCCAGCGGAGCCCCGGCGCGGGGAAGCGCCGGCCGGGCGAGGGCGAUGCCGCGGUGACGGCCCCGCCAUGGCGAAGCCCGCAGCGACGGCGGCGGCGGCGUCGGAGGAGCUGAGCCAGGUGCCGGACGAGGAGCUGCUCCGCUGGAGCAAGGAGGAGCUGGCGCGGCGGCUGCGGCGCGCGGAGGGCGAGAAGGUGGGCCUCAUGCUGGAGCACGGCGGCCUGAUGCGCGACGUGAACCGGCGGCUGCAGCAGCACCUGCUAGAGAUCCGCGGCCUCAAGGACGUGAACCAGCGGCUGCAGGACGACAACCAGGAGCUGCGCGAGCUCUGCUGCUUCCUCGACGACGACCGGCAGAAGGGGCGCAAGCUGGCGCGCGAGUGGCAGCGUUUCGGGCGCCACGCGGCCGGCGCCGUGUGGCACGAGGUGGCCCGCUCGCAGCAGAAACUGCGCGAGCUCGAGGCGCGCCAGGAGGCCCUACUGCGCGAGAACCUGGAGCUCAAGGAGCUGGUGCUGCUGCUGGACGAGGAGCGCGCGGCACUGGCGGCGACGGGGGGCUCAGGGGGCGGCGGCGGCGGCGGCGGGGGCGGCGCCGGCUCCCGCAGCUCCAUCGACAGCCAGGCCAGCCUGAGCGGGCCGCUGGCGGGUGGCGCGCCGGGCGCGGGGGCCCGCGACGUGGGCGACGGCAGCAGUACGUCCAGCGCGGGCAGCGGCGGCAGCCCGGACCACCACCACCAUGUCCCACCCCCGCUGCUGCCCCCUGGGCCGCACAAGGCCCCCGAAGGCAAGGCAGGAGCAACACGUCGGUCCCUGGACGACCUGUCGGCGCCGCCGCACCACCGCAGCAUCCCCAACGGUCUGCACGAUCCCUCAUCCACCUACAUCAGGCAACUGGAGAGCAAAGUGAGGCUGCUGGAGGGUGACAAGCUCCUCGCACAGCUGCCCCGCCCCUAUGGCCGCCCGAGAAGCUGGCUUCAGCAGGCAGGCUCUGGAGAGUUCCGUGCGCUACGGAAAGGCUUCUCGCCCUACCAUUCAGAGUCGCAGCUUGCGUCCCUGCCGCCCUCCUACCAGGACUCCCUGCAGAACGGCCUGGCCUGCCCCGCACCUGAGCUGCCCUCGCCCCCCUCUGCUGGCUACAGCCCUGCAGGACAGAAGCCUGAGGCUGUCGUGCACGCCAUGAAGGUCCUGGAGGUACAUGAGAAUCUGGACCGGCAGCUCCAGGACAGCUGCGAGGAGGACCUGAGUGAGAAGGAGAAGGCCAUCGUUCGCGAGAUGUGCAACGUGGUCUGGAGAAAGCUGGGAGAUGCAGCCAGCUCCAAGCCCUCCAUACGGCAGCACCUGUCUGGGAACCAGUUCAAGGGGCCUUUGUAGGGCCACUCUUCUGUGGACGUGGACUGGCCCUGCUGGGAGUCCCCAGGGGGAGUUUCAGGCCCCAGACACGGGCAGGACCUCCAGUCCAGCCCUUGUCUUCUUUCUCUGUGGUGAACUGUACAUAGGACGCUGCCCGCCCUGGCCCAGCUGCCAUGGGUCCGAUGCACUGGCCCAAGCCGCCAUCUCCCGCCUCACACACCAGCAACCUGGGAAGGAGACGCCGUGGCCAUUCCUGCAGCAGAGCGGCCUGGACGCCUCGUUCCCUCUCUGGGCCCCAAGCCCUGAGCCCCAUGAGCAGGAGGCUGCUUCUGAGAUCCAGCCUGGGGACUGUCCAGGCUCCUGUGUCCCGCCUGGGAUGGAGGGGCCACUCAUCAAACCCUCUACUCCCCGGCUGCCACCCACACUGGACGGACAGCACUGCUACCUGGGUCUUGACACAGGUGGUACCACUUCUCGCCCACGUGCCGUGGCCUGGCCCACCAAGCCCUGGGUCCCCGGCACGUGGACAAGGCCGCUCACCAUGUCUGUGGCUGGCUGGAGGCUGCCCUGGGCCCUUCCUGUGACCCCAUAUCUGGAGCUCAGGGUGCCCUCACACCUGGGGAUCCGCACCCAGCCACCCAAUGCCUGCUGCUCCUUGCUUUUGGAGGUCAUCCCCCUCCCCCACAGUCUCUGCAGUGUCCCCCCGCCGCCCUGUCCAGGCUAUGCCCUUUUUGGGCGCCUCCUGCCCCAUGCCUGGGGCACGUCCCUAUUUGUGGUUUACAUGACAGGCCAGUAACAUAGGAAGGGCCUGGGGAGAGUUUCUGGGCUGAGCCAUAUGUGAUUUUCCUGAUGGGCAGCACUGGGCCACAGCUGGGGCUCUGGUUGGCUGUGACCUCCCCCAGGGCCUGGCUGCAUCUCGGGUCCCUGUGGACAGAGCUGUCCGGGCUGCAGAUGAGACCUGUUCUUUUUGGGAAGGAGGGGGUCUGGUCAGGUUCUGCCUUUAGUGUGUGGUGUGACCUUUAGCAGUUCACUCAGCCUCUCUGGGAUCUUGGUGGAAACAGGGCUCUGAGGUUCCUUUCAGCCAUGCUUAUGGCCUCAGGUCAUCCGGCACACACAGGGCAGGGGUCCUCACUGGGGGGUGUGAGCCGACAGCCCACAGCUGACCUGCUGGAGAGGCCAGAGGGUGGCCGGGCAGAGCUGAGUCCCGCUGCCUUGCCAUCGCUGUGGGUGGACAGUUGCCUCCCCACUCUGAGCCUGUGUUCUCCGUUGUAAAAUCGGCAGCAGAAGGCCCUCCUCACAGGAUUCUGGGAUCAAGUGAGAUCUUACGUGUAAAUGACCAUGUAUAAACUGUAAAGUGCAACAGAAAAUGUUGUGUGUGAGGAAAAUAAGGCCUAGAGGGGGUAAGUGAUGUGUGGCACAUGACGGGAGAUCCCAGAGCCGCAGUGUGGGGAGAGGCGCUUCCCCACGUCAGCUCGUGCCGCUGUAAGCAGCCCUGGCUCUUGAGUCCAGGACCUCAUCAGGUCCUCAUUAGACUCCUGUGGUCUUCCAGCAGGUGCUCAGAACCCCACCCGAAGAGCCCAGGGAGGCUGUCAUCCUACCCAGCAGGUCUCACACAGGCCCACGGCUGGGGAUGCAGGCAGGAGGAGGGAGGUGGCUGCCCUGCCCCUCUCCCGAGCUGGCGGCUCUAUCCUGAGCAGUUCUCGCUGCCUGUUUGCUCUCAGGGGAAAGGCUCACACCCCCAUCUUAGCCCCAGGGCUGUAAGUGGGUGCUGGUGACGGGAUGGUGUGGCGCUCCUGCUGUGGGUGCUGGUGACGGGAUGGUGUGGCGCUCCUGCUGUGGGUGCUGGUGACGGGACGGUGUGGCGCUCCUGCUGUGGGUGCUGGUGACGGGACGGUGUGGCGCUCCUGCUGUGGGUGCUGGUGACGGGACGGUGUGGCGCUCCUGCUGUGGGUGCUGGUGACGGGACGGUGUGGCGCUCCUGCUGUGGGUGUUGCCAGGAGGCUCUUUGGAUUCUUUGGGAAGGAGUGUCACCCGGUCAGGUGGUACGCUCCCCGGCCACUAGCGGUGUACACGGGAAGUGGGGUGAACACCUGCUGCUCAUGGUACCCAGUGAUUCUUGCCCGAGUGGGCAGCUGGGCAGACGCCCUUCUGGGUCUUGGAGUCCAAAGAACCGCAGAGUAGCCCAAGGGGUGUGGGUCAGUUUUGAGUGGGAGCCAAGUCUGGGAGCCCGUGUGCAUCAUGUUUGGGUCAGGUUGGCUUGGCCACCACUGAAAUAAGCAAUAAGUACGGGCUCCUGGUACCUGCGGAUCUCCUACAAACAGGCCCAGAGAACAGCCUUGAAGCCACCUUUCCCCUCACGGGGACUGACCCUGUCUUUAAUGCUGCAGUGGCAUCCAGGAUCAGUGGAAUGUUGCUUUGAGAACCCUCCUGCCUGUUACAGAGGCAGCACAAAGCUAGUGCCCCCUGAGCCAACACGGCACUGGGAUGGCUUUCUAGGACAGAACUCUGUUGGUGACAGUCACAUCUCAAACUAAUAGCUGAUUUUAAAAGCCAGCAGCAGCGACGCCACGUACCUGAAUACAGGUGGCAGUUGCAGAGCCGUGGGCUGUAGAGGGUCAGAUGGGCCUUCCCACAGGGGAACCCUCGGGGCGCUGCAGCUCACGGUGACUCCCGGCUCUGUCACUAGCAGGGAGGGCAACCCCUUCCUUCUGGAGCCUUAGCUCUGAAAGCCCCCAGUGGGGGUGCCCUUUCAGAGGCCCCCUUUCCAUUUCGAAGGCUCUGAUGCUUGAUCUUGAAGCCGGACACGGCACUGGCACUCGGCUUCCGUUUCCACUGUGACAGACGGAGGUCUCCUUUCUAGCCCCAGCCCAGCGGCCAAGCCCAUCCUGGCCUUAGAACAUGCUGAGCACACUUUGUAGGGUGGCACCUUUCUAUCCAAGUUACUAGCUACAUGUCAGUGUUUAAAGAGAAAAAAGUGACCUUUCAUUUUUUUUUCUUGAAACUUGAGGAAACAAGAUACAUACUACUGAUUUUUUUUUUUCUUAAAGAAAACUAAAUGCAUGACUGCAGAGCGGCAGAGGUGUGUAUUUUUCAUACUGUGGGGAAAGUAUUCGUGCUGCUUUUUGGAGAUGGACUGGAACGUCUGGUUUCUGUCCCCGGGCCUGGCAGCUACGUCUCAUUUUCUGUAGAAGGUGCCACAGUGAGACCCGGAGCCACCCCUUCCUGCCCUGGCGCCGUUUAGAGCUGGGAGCCUGUGGACUCCCGGCCUGUUUCUACCUUCUAUUCAACCACUCUGACGUGGGGAGACAAGAAUAGAACUUUUUGAUAGUGUGGUAAAAACAUUGAUUUGAACUAUUUUAGUAAAAGGAGUAACAAACAAGAUUGUGAUAGUGUCUACUUUGAGCUAGAUAAAUAAAGGCCUCUUUGUGAGCCUC